GCCCUCCCUCCCUCCCUCCCUCCCCGUCAGUCAGGGCCACAACCCAUAAGAGAAGGUCCACACCACACCUCAAAUCAUCCAAAAUUAUUUCCUCUUUCUGGUCUCCACGCCGUCACUGUAAAAUCAGCGACAAUCCACUGAAAAAGAGAAAGGAGACAGAAUAAUAUAGAGAAAUUCACAUCUGCCGCUGCAAAAAGUCUACUCUCGCUCUCUCUCUCUCUCUCUCUACAUACAUACAUAUAUAUAUAUAUAUUCGUAGCUAUAAGCCAACGGCAUUACAUCGUUUUACGAUGACCGCCGGCAACAACUGAGGGAAGGCAUGGGAGACGACGUCGUUCCGAGGACGUUCCGAGCUCUGGUGGAGAGCGCCGACCGGAAGUUCGCGAGGGUACGCGACGUUCCGGCGUACGGACGGGGACAGAGCCACUGCAUCCACAAGGUCUUCAAGGCGUACAUGAGGCUUUGGAAGUACCAGCAGGAGAAUCGCAAGGCGCUCGUCGAGUUCGGCCUGCAGCGGUGGGAAAUCGGCGAGAUCGCGUCUCGGAUCGGACAGCUCUACUUCGGCCAGUACAUGCGGACCAGCGAGGCGAGGUUCUUGCUGGAAUCGUAUGUGUUCUACGAGGCCAUACUCAAGAGAGGCUACUUCGAGGGCUCGAAGAAAGAUCGAGGGGUGAGGUUCAAGGAAUUGAGGUUUUAUGCGAGGUUUCUGCUGGUUUCGCUGAUUAUGAAUCGGUCGGAGAUGGUGAAGCUACUCGUGGAAAGGUUCAAGGCCCUUGUUGAUGAUAGCGUACAAUCUUUUCGGGAUACCAACUUCAGAGAAUGGAAGUUAGUGCUGCAAGAAAUUAUUCGAUUUACAAAGGCUGAUUCAGCAUCUAUUAAUCUUAAUCCUUUGCGAUAUUUUGCUUCUAUUGAUUCCUAUCCAGCUUCUCUUCCAUAUGUGGCCCGUUACCAUGCAAAGAAAGUUCUGAAGUUCCGAGAUGCUCUGCUAACUAGUUAUCACCGAAAUGAGGUUAAAUUUGCAGAACUUACCCUAGACACUUUCAGAAUGCUCCAGUGUCUGGAAUGGGAACUGAGUGGAUCUUUCUAUCAAAAGCAUCCCAUUGAACUGCAUGAGAAUGGUGCGCCAAUUGACCACUCUGCUGCUUCUGGUAUUAUUCACAUGAAUUUGGCCGCAGAUAUGACCGAUCCAACCUUGCCUCUAAAUCCAAGGAAGGCUAUUCUUUAUCGUCCAUCAGUGACGCAAUUGAUAGCUGUUAUUGCUACAAUCUGUGAGGAGCUUCCUCCAGAAAGUGUGAUGCUAGUAUACAUAUCGGCCAGAGGGAAGGCUGUUCAUAGUAAUGUUUCACAGAUGGAAAAGUCUGGAAUUUUAAGGAAAUCUUCGAAGGUCAAAGUUGGUUCUCAUCAUACUUCCCAUACACAAGGUGGCUCUAUACUUGAAAACCAUGUUGAUGACAAAGGGAACUCGGGGCUCUGUUCUGAAGAUACUUUGUGGCUAGGUCCUAGCAGAAAUGGAGGUUCAAAUUGUCUCUAUCCUGGUGAUAUAGUUCCUUUUACCAGAAGACCUCUUUUCCUAGUUAUUGAUAGUGAGAACAGCCAUGCAUUCAAGGCCAUGCAUGGUGCAGAAAGGGGGGAAACUGCUGCCCUUCUUCUUUCCCCUUUGAGGCCAUCAUUCAGGAACAGUGAAAUUACACAAAAUGGAAGUCAGUUUACAUUGUUCUUAACUGCUCCUCUGCAAGCAUUCUGCCAAUUGAUUGGUCUCACCUGUUCUGCCAAUGAUCCUGAUGUUUAUAAUGAUGCUAACAAAGUGCUCUCCACUUCAUUCUCGGAAUGGGAAGUGAUACUCUGUACAUCAACUACACUGGACCUGGUUUGGGCUCAAGUUUUGUCAGAUCCAUUUCUGCGGCGGCUUAUUCUUAGAUUUAUUUUCUGCCGAGCAGUCCUUGCUUACUUCUGCUCUCGGGAGGAUAAUGAUCAAUAUUUGCCAGUUUGCCUACCCCAGCUUCCUGAAUCUGUGGCUCCGAGCUCUGGAGUUGUGCAUUCAGCCGUGUUCCGGCUUGCAAGCCAUCUGGAUGUUGCCGACUGUUUUCACUUCAACAACGCAUAGUGUUAUAAGCCAGAAACAGAUAGACGAGAUUGUACAUUAUGAUUGCUGCCUCUUAAGAGCUGGCGGUUUACACCAACAGAUGGUAUAAAAGACUUGCAAAAUGUCAAGGAUGAUAUGGUUUUCCGAAGGCAAUACAAGAAACUUCAAUGGGUGAUGAUGGGUUGCUUUUGUGCAUUUUAGUGCGUAUUUGCAGCCCUGUUUCCUUGUAGGUUUGAAUGCAGAAUGCAUAAGAUAAUUUCUCCUUGCUGUUGUACCAAAACGGGUUUACAUGCUGCAAUGGUUGUGUUGGUUUUCGAAAGUGGCCACCUGGUGGGGUGAAUUGUUCAUAGGGCAUACAUGCUGAUGCAAUGCUGGUUAGGUUUGUCACAGAAUUAGCGCUAAUUCGUUUGUAACUUGUUAAAGAAUAUAACUUUUGUAGCUGAGUUUGGGGUUUUUUUUUUUUCUUUUUCUUUUUACCUUUACUUUCAUCAUGUCAGCGGCAUUCUUGAAAAUAUUCUUGUAAGCAGAUUGUAGAUGCGCUAGACAACUCUUUAUCAGUUUUCGUUUUUUUCUUUUUUUCUUUUUUUGGGGUCUCUCUUCUCUAAACAGGUAAUCAGUUAAAUGAACUCAUGAAUCAUGUUGUUACCUUUUCUUUUUAA